CUGCUCUGUCAGUCAGUCAGUCAUUAGAGAGACAGGAUGGAGUUCAGUCCACUCGCUGUGAUGCUCUUGCUGAUUUCACUUAUGCCAGUGCCACAUGCUCAAGGGAGUCCUAAAGCUGUGGUGUCCAUAAAGCCUGAUACACAUGUGUACAGCGGAGAGAGAGUUACAUUCAGAUGUGACGUACAGGGAGGAGGAGACACUGAGUGGACAUACAGCUGGUAUAAGAAUAAUGACACAUUCUAUAAAGACAGCACAAUGCAGGAGAUCAGUAUCUGGUCUGUUAGAGACUCUCUCAGUGGUAACUACACCUGCAGAGGACAGAGCAAUGACUCUCAGAGCUCAGAGAUCAGUGAUGCUGUUACUCUGACUGUAUCAGAGAGACCAGGGGCAGUACUGAGUGUAUCUCCACAGAGCUGGCUGACUGAAGGAGCCUCAGUGACUCUAAGCUGUAAGGUUACAGACUCCACUUCAGGCUGGAAAUUCCGCUGGUACACAGGUGUUCCCUACAGACAUAAUGAAGACAUGUUCACGUUUAGACCGGUGCCCCUCUCAGACAGCAGCAGAGACUCCUACACUAUCAGUCCUGCUGCUCUUAAACACACAGGAGUUUAUGAGUGCAGAGCAGAGAGAAGAGAACGAGUUUAUCACACACAUUACAGCAACCAACAGCCGCUAUGGAUCACUGGUGAAUCUCCUCCAGUCUCUCUGAUCAUCAAUCCCAACAGAACUCAACACUUUACUAAAGACUCUCUCUCACUGAGCUGUGAGGACCAGAGUAAAUCUACUGGAUGGAGAGUGAGUCGAUACACACACAGUUCCGGAGGGUUAGAUUGUUCAUGGUGGAGAUCAGUUACAGGAUCUACAUGUGAAAUCAGCUUCCUCUCCACAUCCGACACUGGAGUUCACUGGUGUGAGUCUGAAUCUGGAGAAAACAGUAAUCCUGUCAACAUCACAGUGCAUGAUGGUGAUGUGAUCCUGGAGAGUCCUGUCCAUCCUGUGACUGAGGGACAUCAUCUGACUCUACGCUGUUUAUAUCGCAAUGCAAAGUCCUCAAACCUCCGAGCUCAUUUCUAUAAAGAUGGAUCAGUUCUCCAGACACAGACUAGAGGAAAGAUGAUCAUCUAUAACAUCUCAAAGUCAGAUGAAGGUUUCUACCACUGUAAACACCCACAGAGAGGAGAGUCACCGAAAAGCUGGGUCUCAGUCAGAGUGCUGAUUUCACUUAUACCAGUGCCACAUGCUCAAGGGAGUCCUAAAGCUGUGGUGUCCAUAAAGCCUGAUACACAUGUGUACAGUGGAGAGACUGUUACAUUCAGAUGUGAUGUACAGGGAGGAGGAGACACUGAGUGGACAUACAGCUGGUAUUGGAAUAAUGACACACUCGACCUUGACAGAAUCCACAUGUUGGAUACAGACAGCACAAUGCAAGAGAUCAGUAUCAGGUUUGUUAGAGACUCUGACAGUGGUGACUACACCUGCAGAGGACAGAGCAAUGACUCUCAGAGCUCAGAGAUCAGUGAUGCUGUUACUCUGACUGUAUCAGGUGAAUCUCCUCCAGUCUCUCUGAUCAUCAAUCCCAGCAGAACUCAACACUUUACUAAUGACUCUCUCUCACUGAGCUGUGAGGACCAGAGUAACUCUACUGGAUGGAGAGUGAGACGAUACACACACAGUGAGGGAGUGUUAGAUUGUUCAAGGGGAUCAGUUACAGGAUCUACAUGUAAUAUCAGCUUCCUCUCCACAUCCUACACUGGAGUUUACUGGUGUGAGUCUGAAUCUGGAGAAAACAGUAAUCCUGUCAACAUCACAGUGCAUGAUGGUGAUGUGAUCCUGGAGAGUCCUGUCCAUCCUGUGACUGAGGAACAUCCUCCGACUCUACGCUGUUUAUAUCGAUACCCAAAUUCCCCAAACCUCCGAGAUGAUUUCUAUAAAGAUGGAUCAGUUCUCCAGACACAGACUACAGGAGAGAUGAUCAUCCGAACUGUCUCAAAGUCAGAUGAAGGUUUCUACCACUGUAAACACCCAGAGAGAGGAGAGUCACCGAAAAGCUGGGUCUCAGUCAGACGUGUGAAACCUUCUUCAGUCUCAGAUUCUAGAGCCAGUGCUGGAACAGUAGGAGUGGCUGUGGGUUUGGGAUUUUUGUUCAUCGCUUUACUGAUCUUAAUGAUCCUGCUGUGGUCCUACAAAAGAAAAAAAGAAAAUCAGACAUCAGAGCAGAAUCAGAUCCGGUCAGGAGCUGAAGACUCUCAGUCAGGUCACACACCACUUCAGGCUGGAAGUGAAAAUGUUUAUGCCGCUGUGGAUCAGACAGAUACGAGUGGAACAGGUGAAGCUGCAGCUGAGAGCAGAGAAGACACUUACGCACAGGUCACGAAGAAAAAGAAGACAAACAGGAACAAUGGUGCUGAUGCUGAACCUGGUGUUACCGAUGUGACUUAUGCUGAGAUUGAACUAAAACCAAUGAUAAAAACAAAGAGAAUGAAAGAAAAUGCCAGUGUGGGUGAUGAUACUGUCUACUCAGAGCUGAAGCACAGCAUGGAGUGAGACAUGUGUCUGUGUACACUGAUGAAGCUACAGUUAUCACACAGACAGCUGGAAAACUGGGAUUUGUGUUUGUCUUCUGUUUUUCCUAAAAUGCUCAGAAAGUAGAAUCUGCUCAUCCACUUCCUGAACACAGGAACUUUAUACUUAUAAUUUUUUCUUUUACUGCUUUUCUUUUUCUACACAUUCUGUUCAGAGUGCACAAAUACAAUUAAUUAAUACGUGUCUCAUUUGUGCAUUAAAAAAGAAAAACAAAUCAUAAUACGGUUAAUUUUUAUUAAUGUACUUUCAAAUGGAUACAUAUAGAAGUAAAAGGAAAUAAAAUAUGUAUUUUAGGGUGCAAAACAUUUGUAUGAAAUUAUAAAAACGGUUUCUUCCAUUUUAAAGCUUUAUUUAAGGUGAAACACAGCACUGUAAAAUACUUAUUUUUCUGUUCCUCAUAUACUAAUUCCACUGAACGUACAUUAAUAAUUAAUUUAAUACACAUGUGGUUCAUUAUAUUUAUUUUUCUUUUACUCAUAAACUUACACGUCAGUGCUUUUGGUUGGUUUUUGGUUGGAUACGAACACUUGGUAUCUGGUACUGCACAUGCCAAAGAAGAAGAAACCUGAGUGAAGUGUGUAAGGCUUGUCACCGUUUUCUUACACAAAGUAAGUUAUUCUUGUUCAUGUACAAAACUUCACAGAGGAAAUAAUGAAUUAAGAUGAAAGUAAAGUUGGCCGGGACGAAUAUUUAUAUUUUUGGUUUUGCAAAAUGCUGUCCUGGAGCAUUGCUGCCACACACACACACACACACACACACACACACACACACACACACACACACACACACACACACACACCUUUUUAAAUACAUGUUGCUUUUGAAUUUUUUCUCUUUAUAGUUGACAUUUUUGUAAACAUUUAUUAAUUGUUCAUAUUUACACCAUUACAAAUGACCUGAUGCUUUGAAAUCGUUUCACCGCGUUCAUAAAUGUCACCUGAAAUGACUGUGUUUGUGGUUUAAACAAACUAACUUUAAUUACUGCCAGAAAAAUAUUUUCACUUAAAGAAAAGUAGAAAUCAUGUGACUCACUAUUGGCAUUUAAAAAAAAAAAAAAACAUUUUGAAGUGACUGAAGACGACUGAAGGAAUGAUGUU